AAUUAUAAUCAGAUAGUAAUUUUUUUUUACAGCCAGGAAAAAAGUAAAAUAAAAUUGUUCUGGGUGGAAUAGGCCGUUUUCCCGGGUUUUAUCUGUAGUAUUAGUAUUAUAGGCCCAAGUUCAUUAGCUGAAGUUUCAACUCAUAAUGGGCUUGGUUUUGGGCUUAUAUAUUGGGUUUAGGUUUACAAGAUAGUUAAAAACUCUCUCGACUCUCUUUUUCUCAAUUUAAUCCUCUCUUUCUUCUUCACGAGAGCAGUGUCGUUGCUCUGAUCUUGUAACUGUAACUCCCGCGGAUUUUGCCGUGUAUACUGAAUUUUUCCAGGGUGUUUUGUGAUUCCGCCGAUAUCUAGGAACUCGUACAUCAAAUUUCGUUAAUCGCGUUUCUUUAUCGCGUUUGAGUUCGACUACAAUUCGUGAAAUCAUGAGUGAGAUCGUGAGAGUUCAAGAGAUCAUUUCUAAACUCUGGAACCUAAAGAUAGCCUCCAAGAACUGCCUGAAUCUGGUUACGAUCAUAUCGACUGUUGCUUAUGAUCCUUCGUUUGAAACUAAUGGAAGCUUCAAAGAUUUCGUUUCAAGAUUAUUGGCUCGACGUGACAGUUACCGUAUAAGGAGAUUCUCUUUGAAACUGCGGUCUAUGGAAUUUGACUCAGCUAAGUACAAUCUUGUCAACGAUUGUCUACGCAAUGUGUUGAUACGAGGUGUUUUGGAUCUUGAAUUGGACAUAAAUGUCGAUGAAGAUUAUACACUGCCAUGUGAGGUCUUCACUUGCAAGAAAGUUGUGAAAUUGAAGCUAGGGUCUGCUUUUGUUAUUGAUAAUAUCCCUAAGAACGCUUUGCUUCCAGCUCUUAAGACUCUCUUUCUUGAUAAAGUCCGGUUCAAUGAUAAAAGUGGUGGUUGUGCGUUUGCAAGGCUUGUUUCUGCUUGCCCUGUGCUUGAGGAGUUAUUCAUAUAUAGGAACAACCGUGAAGACUGGGAAUGGUCUCGCAUUGUGUCUAGUCAGAUCCUUAAGAGACUUACUAUUCGGCGUCAAGACUGGGGAGAUCUUGAUGGCUCUAGUUAUGAGUCUAUUAGUUUUGAUACUCCGAGUCUUGAAUACUUUGAAUACUUUGAUGUUCUCCGAGAUGAGUAUCCAGUUGUUAAUCUCAAAUCCCUUGUUGAAGCUAAGCUAGAACUUCCUCUUUUCAUGGUUGGCGAUACCUACGAUGUUAGGAAUCUGAUUAAGGGCUUAAAAAAUGUUCAGAUUCUGAGCUUUGGUGCUCUUGACACCAUGCAGCUGUUUUACAUCUUCAGAGAAGCAGUACCAGUGUUUGAAAACCUGUUUCAUUUAUCACUUACCACUGAAGCAGCUUUCUGUUGGGAUGUUCUGCCAAUUCUGCUUGAGAAAUCUCCAAAUCUAGAGACUCUCACCAUUGGGGCUUUGCAUUAUUCUACUCAAGAAGACACUGUUUGCGAAUGCUUGAAGGGGUAUUCUUUCCUAUCGUCCUGUCAUAUUGAGGUUCUAAGGAUAACCCAGUUCGAGGGAGAUAUUGGAGAGAUGGUGCAAAUAAAGCAUAUCUUGGAGAAAUUGCCGAGUCUUGAGCUGUUGGAAAUUCAUGGUCAGGCAAGAAGAGAUGACGAAAAGCUGCAGAUCAUGUUGGAUCUCCUAAUGCUCGAAAGAGCUUCGUCUGAAUGCAAAGUCCAGGUCAAGUUUCCAGUUUGUUUUGCCUCAGCAUGAACUUCCAUAUCUGAUAAGAGAAACAAAUGUGCUUCCCGUUUGUUGAGAACUGGUUUGUUUAGUGUCUUUCAUAUAUAUAUGCAAUUUCUGAAUACAACAGCUUGACAUUUUUGUCAUCUCUGACUGGUUGUUGUGUCGUUUCUUCGUGCCUAGAACACUUGAGUUUGUAAGAGAGAGGCUAUACCUAUUAGCUACAUUAGGUCUACUAUUACUCAUUUGUUUUGUAUGUUACUACUUACACAGUCAAUUUGACAAUUUGGUAAAUGGAAUAUGAUAUGACUGA